AUGGCACAAUUAAAGAGGGCACACACGAUAGUGACCAUCGACGAUCCACAACUUUGUGGAAAACGAUUUUUGUUGCCUCUGGUUGACCAGAAUAACAACCUUAAUAAAAAAAUUUUCAGGCAGGAAUCAGAGAAAGAACAACAGUUUUCUGAAACCUUCGUUUGGGACUGGCCAUUCUGCGAAGACCGGGUAGCUCGGGGAUUUUUGUCAUCAGAAAAAUUUUUUGUUUGUCUUCCCUUCAGCUACGGCGGCACAGGAGAAUCCAGGGGAACGACAAAGAAGUUUGAAAAGAUCUCAGAUUCUGACUUUAGCUGGACUGUUGGACUUUGCAGUACCUCUGAAGGCGAUAGCACGUGUUUUUGGAGAAUUGAAAUCGAAAUCAUUAGAAAUCUAAACAUGCUCGUUCUCAAUGCUUCGCGAGAUAUUUCGCGAUCUGACGAAGCAGGAAGACGACUGAAAAGAGUUAGGAAGGUAUAUCGUCUGCCCUACCGCUACGAUGUAUCAACAUUAACAACAGUCAGCUACGACUGGGCAAUCACCAUUGAAGCCUACCGAAGAGUAGACGCUCGAACCAGAAAACUGAUCCCAAUGAGAAGAGCUGAUACCGUCACUUGA